UGAUAAAAGCAGCUUUGUAAAAUCUCAACCACGUACUUAAUUGCUUUAUCCACAUAUAUAUAUCGAAAUAACAAAUCGAGCUAGCUGAUCGGAGGCGAACUUGAAUGAUAUGAUGAAGAAAUGCGACGCAAGUUUCAAGAAACUUGACCGGAAAACAGUAGAGAAGAAUAGAAGAAAUCACAUGAAAUAUCUUUGCUACAAGCUCCAUUCUAUGGUUCCUUCUUUGUUCUUCCAACCUUUCAAGGUAUUCACGCAGGAGAACCAGUUCGAUCACUCAAUUGCUUACAUUGAGCAACUACAGAAGAGAAUAAAAGAAUUGAAAGACAGGAGGGACGAAACAUCAAGACUUGUCAACGAUGGCAGCAAAAAUGAGCAAGGUCGUUGUUGUAAUACAGAAAUAUUAGGAAAUAAUAAUAAUAUUCCCAGCCGCGACGAUAUUAUAAAGUUGGAUACAGUGGAAGUAAAAGAACUAGACAACGGUUUGCAAGUGAUUUUGACGAGUAAUUCUGUAUGGAAUUACUCGUUUUCUAAAGUCAUGAGUAUAGUAGAGGAUGCAGGAGCUGAGGUGGUCAAGGGUGGUUACGCCACUGUAGGCGAUAAAGUCGUUUAUACCCUUCAUGCCGAGGCGAAAGUCCAGAGGAUCGGCAUUGAUAUAACCAGCAUACACGAAAAGCUACAACAGUUAAUCAACAGUUAAUCUUCCUUAAUUUGUACAAGUUUUUAAUCAAUCAAGUAAUCUAGUUUAAAUUC